UGAUGGAGUUUCGUCCUCAGCUGGUCGUUACGUUCUGGGUGGUCAACGAUCUCCGCAAACCACAGGCGUGGUUACCGACUUUCGUGGAAUCCCUUCUGCAGGAGUUGCCGCGGGUGCAGGCUCAGCGCGGGAGACUGGUUUUGAUGUGGAUGAAUGGUCUUGCUGAAGUGCAAGAGUUCGGCUGUGGUCUGAUGCAGCCCUCUUGGUCCUUAUGUUGAGGCAAGGGUUCACCUAUCCGACCACCGUCAGUUGCUGCUAUCUCCUGGGUGGGUCGUUCUCAGGACCUUCCACGCACUCAACUGGGCUCGUUCCUUCGACCGUUUAUUCUGAUAUAAAAACG